CUGGAAUACGGUACGUGAGCAUUGGAAUAGGAAGCAUAACGGCGGGCACUAUGCCCUCGAAGACAGGGAGCGAGCAAAGACCUUUCUUGACGAUUGCGUUAGCGAGGCCUGUCGGAAAACGCAUCAAUGCCCGGGAUGGCCUGGAGACUAUCUACCCACUGCUGCGAGUAAUGCGGACGGCGUCAGGGACGAGCAAGCUGAUAGGACGAACACGCGACCGACCGAGCAGGAGAUGGAGGAGAUGGCACAGCUCUUCAGCGCCGACGGCUGGUACAACGUGCCCUUCCCUCCACCUCCCCUCACGUACGAUCCGGCCAUAGUGGGCGACCUGUGGACGAACACCUGGACCAUGAUGCAGCAUACAUCGUUGGCCCAAGACGGGGGACUGAGACAGAACGCCGUAAAGAACUUCGGUCGGCUGUAUGCGCUGAUAGGCCCGAGGUACCAGGUGCGGAGCCCAUGGGAGUGCUGGUACCGGUGGACCGUUCGGUGGUGCGAUUCUAAUCCGCUCGGCUGGGAUGAGGGAUCGGGGUGCUGAGGACCUUGAGGUGGCGGAGUCCCUCGUGGAUUUUCAGCGCAAAAGCAAGUGUUUUGCGGGGAACGCUAGUUUGACUUCGAAUGCCUCAGGAGAAAAAUCUGAACCUCUGCAGUGCGGUGCCAAUUAAUCGUCUGAGAUCUCCAGCGACGUGCCCAAUGGCGACAAUGUGAGAGGCAGGAAAGGGAAAGCAGUGGUUCGGUGAGUUUGGAGUGGCUCCCGAAGACAAGAUGACAAAGAAAGGGCAAGGGAUGGACACGUGGAUUGCUGCCUGUGAAAGGCGGCGCAAGGAGUU